CAAAUGCGCGACGCUGACUUUAGUUACCUGGCUAAAGUCGCAUCGCCAAGACGUGUGUGCAUGCGCGCUGUGUGCUUGUUUGUUGCCUACACACACUGAGUUGUAAACUCGCGCCAUCGCCCUAGCAAACAACUAGUUUUAAAAUCAGCGUGCGCAUACGCUGUGUGUUUGUGGAAUUUGUUGCAUCUGUGCAUAAUAUAAAUGAAGUGACAGUUCAGGAUUUAAAGGAUACGCGCGGAUAUUAUCUUUGCAGCUUGCUUGACAGAGGGGAACAGUUGCACUUACGCAACGCCUAAGAAGACAUUAUUAUUGUUUAAAUGACAAUAUGGCGAUCAUGUGACGAGAGGCGGCUGUAAAUAGUCGCCAUGUUGCUGAUAUGCAACAAAGGUGGACUGUGGGGUUGCUGGGUGGUUAUUUUGCUUGUUGUAACGUUGCAAGAUGGCGUUGAUGCAGCAGGCAAAGGGCGCAAGCCUAAUAAACUCGGCCAUUCCCAUGGCGGCAGAAGUGCGUUGGGUGAUACAGCCGCCGCCUUCUACAAACCGCACGGCAAUUCAUCUCAACUCCAGCUGUAUCACAAGGCGGACUCCAAAAAUCGAAAAACAAAUCAUUUGGAUGCUGAGUUUAUCAGCGGAAAAAUAUGCAUUGGUACGAAUGGUCGCAUGUCGGUACCCUCCAAUCGGGACCACCACUAUCGCAACAUGAAGGAGCGCUUUACGAACUGCACCUACGUCGACGGCAAUCUGGAAUUGACAUGGCUGCAGGAUGAGGAUCUCGAUCUUAGUUUUCUGCAAUAUAUUCGGGAAGUCACCGGUUAUGUCCUCAUUUCACACGUGGACAUUCGUAAAAUUGUACUUCCGCGACUUCAGAUCAUCCGCGGUCGGACUUUAUUCAAGUUACAUGUUCAUGAUAAAGAAUUUUCACUGCUUGUGACUCUAUCCAAAAUGUUUACGUUGGAACUACCCGCAUUGAGAGACGUUCUGAGUGGUAGUAUUGGCCUCUUCAACAACUACAACUUAUGUCACAUAAAGACAAUUAAUUGGGAUGAGAUCAUCAGUGAUCCAGCUGGUUCCUACGUAUACGUUUACAAUUUCACUUCUCCGGAGAGAGAAUGCAGUCCGUGUCACAGUGAUUGCUCUGUAGGAUGUUGGGGUGAUGGUCCUGAAAACUGCCAGAAAUUCUCAAAGGAGUAUUGUAGUCCGCAGUGUUACCAGGGGAGAUGUUUUGGAUCCGAGCCGCGUCAAUGCUGUCAUCUCUUCUGUGCUGGUGGAUGCACUGGACCUAAACAGAGUGAUUGUCUUGCCUGCAAAAACUUCUAUGACGAAGGUGUUUGUACGCAGGAAUGCCCCCCGAUGCAGAUUUACAAUCCUACCACGUACUCAUGGGAGCCGAAUCCCAACGGGAAGUAUGCCUAUGGUGCAACGUGUGUGAAAAAGUGUCCGGAACAUUUACUUAAAGACAGUGGCGCUUGUGUACGGACGUGUCCGCCGAACAAAAAGGCGACCAACGGCGAGUGCGUUCCUUGUGACGGGCCCUGUCCGAAAACUUGUCCGAUUGUGGGUGAUGGCACCAUUCAUGCACUUAAUAUUGAAUCAUUCCGCGGGUGUACAGUCAUUGACGGAUCCAUUCAAAUUUUGGAUAAUUCUUUCUAUGGCUAUCAGCAUAUCUUUGCGAACUACACUUUCGGAGACCGCAUUCCGGCAAUGCAUCCCGAUCAACUGGAGGUGUUCAGUACGUUAAAAGAAGUGACUGGUUUUAUUAAUAUUCAGGGAAAUCAUUCCGCCUUCAAAAAUUUGUCAUAUUUUCGCAAUUUGGAAAUUAUAGGCGGGCGACAUCUGCACGAAUAUUUUUCAUCAUUAUUCAUAGUAAAGACCUCAUUAGAAUCUCUAGAACUGAAAUCUCUGAGAAGUAUUAACUCUGGUACUGUGAUUAUCUUGGAGAACAUGAACUUAUGCUACGCGGUGAACAUUAACUGGAAGAAAAUUGUGCGCUUGAAUGAUCAUGUUUCAAUGAUCAAGAACAACAAGCAAGAUGAAAGUUGCUCUCGGGAAGGUCUUGUUUGCGAUAAGGAGUGUAGUUCAGAUGGAUGCUGGGGUCCUGGACCGACUCAGUGUCUCGCUUGUAAAAAUUUCAAAUACGGAAGCACCUGUAUUCAGAAUUGCCAUUCUUUGCCAGGAAUCUAUAAGGAUGAAAACAAUAUCUGCAAGAAAUGUCACGAACAGUGCGGAUUUUCAUGUACUGGACCAGGCGCUGACAACUGUACUACUUGUAAACACUACAAGGACGGUCCAUACUGCGUUUCAUCAUGCCCGGCCACCAAAUAUGCUGACGGGGGAGUUUGUCGUCCAUGUCACAAAAACUGCGUCGAUGGCUGUACUGGUCCCAGCAAUGCUCUGGGAACCGGCGGUUGCAAGUCUUGCGAUAGAGCAAUCAUGAAUGGGACCACUGUAUGUCUUCAACGGGACGAAUCUUGCCCAGAUGGUUACUAUUAUGAGACGGUACAGCGUUCUCAACAGAACAGCAUGAAAGUCGCUACAAUAUGUAGAAAGUGUCACCCUCGUUGUAAGAAGUGUAGCGGAUACGGUUUCCACGAGUUGGUUUGCCAGGAAUGCACAAAUUACAAACGUGGUGAACAGUGCGAAGAUGAUUGUCCGCAAGAUCACUAUGCCGACGACGAAACGCAUAUGUGUGUUGAAUGUGACAAGGAAUGUCGAGGAUGUACCGGUCCGGGGCCGGAUCACUGCGUAGCAUGUCAAACUCUAAAGAUAUAUCCCGAUGGUCAGCCGUCCAAUACAUCCUCGUUUACUUGCGCUGAUAAAUGCCCACCAAAUUUUCCAUCCAGAAGUUUCUUGCCUGAUCAACUUACCCAUUACUGUUCUGCGGAAGAAACUGCCCUCAGAAGCGCGCUAGCCGUUAACAGACUUCCAUGGUUCAUGGUAGUAGCAGGUUUCAUUAUAAUUCUUGCAAGUUGUGUCGCUAUUGGUUAUGGUUGUUACUGCUAUAAGAAGAAUAAAGUAAAGGAAGAAACCAUGAAGAUUACUAUGGCUAUGACUGGAAUUGAAGAUGAUUGCUCAAAACCAAGCAAUGUUCGUCCAAAUUUAGCGCGUUUAAGAAUCAUCAAAGAGGCAGAAAUUCGUCGUGCUGGCAUUCUUGGAUAUGGCGCAUUUGGUACUGUGUACAAGGGCGUUUGGGUGCCGGAAGAAGAAAGUAACAAGAUCCCAGUUGCUAUUAAAGUUCUCCGUGAGAACACUGGUGCCAACUCCAGUAAGGAGCUCCUGGAUGAAGCUUACAUUAUGGCAACCGUCGAACAUCCAAAUUUGUUGAAAUUAUUGGCGGUAUGCAUGACCUCACAGAUGAUGCUCAUUACGCAAUUGAUGCCUUUGGGCUGCCUACUCGACUUUGUUCGCAAACAUAGGGAAAAAGUCGGAUCCAAACUACUUUUGUCAUAUUGCACACAAAUUGCAAGAGGCAUGGCCUAUCUUGAAGAUAAACGCCUUGUUCAUCGUGAUCUUGCCGCAAGAAACGUAUUAGUUCAAGCUCCAACAGUGGUUAAAAUUACUGAUUUCGGACUUGCGAAAUUGUUAGACAUCAAUGAGGAAGAGUACAAAGCAGCAGGAGGCAAGAUGCCCAUUAAAUGGCUUGCAUUAGAAUGCAUUCAACACAGAAUAUUCACUCACAAGUCAGACGUGUGGGCGUUCGGUGUAACUGUCUGGGAGUUGCUUACUUUCGGUGACAAACCUUAUGAUAGUGUCCCUGCUAGAGAUGUUCCUGACCUUCUUGAAAACGGAGAACGGUUGCCCCAACCCGCCAUUUGUAGUAUAGAUGUGUACAUGAUUAUGAUUAAGUGUUGGAUGCUGGACGCCGAAAGUAGACCUUGCUUUAGAGAAUUGGAGGAUGAUUUUUCGAGGAUGGCGCGCGAUCCCCCCCGAUAUUUGGCCAUUGAUGGUGAUGUUUACCUAGGACGUGGACAUGUAGCCCAUCAGGAUCAACCUGAUAGCAUAUCCAAAACUCUUUCAUCGAUUUCUAAUAAUGGGACCUUAGACUAUCACGAGAACCAGCCUAAGUCGAGGGCUCCAUUCCAGGCUUUGUCAUUUUCACCUCCACCCACCCCAGUGAAAUGGCCGAAUGGCUCACAAACCUCUGAUGGCAGCUGUGCGCCACAAAACCAACACAAUUGGAAUCAAGAACGUUUGAGGUUUGCUCAAGCGAUGAGCGUUGCAUCAACAAUCAAACGGGAUACCUCUGAUGAUUCCAGUAUAUUAUACAGUGGUGACGGUUUGGGAUCUUAUGAAUACGAUUCAGCUUCACGCGCCCAAGCGCAAGUUGGCAAUGUGAAAGUGGAUCUUCCGGUCGACGAGGAUGAUUAUCUCGUGCCUUCUCCACAGCAAGCUCAGCUGCCUUACGUUGAGCUCAAACCUGAUUUAAAAGGAGAUUCAACCAGUGGUGCCAGCGGAGGUGUGUACUUCAGUACGACAAACAUCGACAAUCCCGAGUACAUUUUCAGCAAUGAUACCCCAUUGGAUACGCGCCCUUGUCAAACGUUAGGAAUUCCUACGCUAUCGGAGUUUGUUGACUCGAAUCCUGAAGUGACGAAUCCAACACGUGGCUCAGAAGAAGAGUCUGAUCACGAGUAUUACAACGAUUUCGAUCGUUUAACGCGAGAACUUCAACCGCUGCAACGAAAGGGUGGUGAAACGACAGUGUGACACGGUGACAAUAUACAAAACAGACUGAGAACUCGUCUCCUAGUUUUCCUUGCGGAAGCAAAAGCACAGCGCGUGUAUCUUAAUUAAGUGCCAUUUGAACAUAAAGUGGCUUUCCAAUGUUGUACAUAAUUAGCAACGUAAGUGGACGUAAUGGAGGAUGAGGAGGAAAGAACUACGAAGGGCACAACUGCGUACAAUAUUCUUGCCCGACGCAUCUAUCUGUGAUAAGUUAAUGAGCAAAUAAUUUUUUAAGCCGAGCGUAAGAAUACCAAACGGCGCAAGCACAAAAUGUAUCUUAAUUUUUUUGUUAGAUGAUUGUUUAUAUUAUUUUUCGUGUUUUAAAUCGAUGUUUAUUGAAAAUGAAACAAACAAACAAACAAACUUAUAUGGCGUGAUGUUUGCCACAAAAUAGAAGAUGAAGCGCAUCUUUAUGGACCGGCAGACGAAUGUACUAAACUUGUGUGCCAUACGAGUACAUACAUGAAAAUUUAAAAAAGAAUAUGAUGAAAAUUGCAGCGGAGGAUCAAAUAAUUUUGUAUAGAAAUGAACCUUUUAUAUACUGUCUAUAUUUGUAUAUUUAUAUGAUGUUAUUACUAUUACUGAGCGCCUUAAAAUACAUACGAAUAAAAUAUUUAAAUACAA